AUGUCUGAAUCACUAACGCUGCUGAGGGAGAAACAUAUUCGGUAUAUUGAAUCACUGGAUACUAAGACGCAUAAUUUUGAAUACUGGCUUACGGAGCAUCUUCGUUUGAAUGGUAUAUAUUGGGGACUUACAGCUUUAUGUGUGCUUGAUUCCCCAGAGACAUUUGCAAAAGACGAGGUUAUAGCAUUUGUGCUGAGUUGUUGGGAUGAUAAAUAUGGCGCGUUUGCACCAUUUCCAAGACACGAUGCACAUUUAUUGACUACAUUAUCCGCAGUGCAAAUAUUGGCUACUUAUGAUGCGUUGGAUAUUCUUGGAGAAGCUCGUAAGGCUCGCUUGGUUUCAUUUAUUCGUGGGAAUCAACUGGAAGAUGGUUCUUUCCAAGGCGACAGAUUUGGGGAAGUAGAUACAAGAUUUGUUUAUACAGCAUUGAGUGCGCUGUCGAUUUUGGGCGAAUUGACGCCUGAAGUUGUUGACCCUGCUGUGGAAUUUGUUCUCAAAUGUUAUAAUUUUGACGGCGGUUUUGGAUUAUGUCCUAAUGCUGAAUCGCAUGCAGCUCAAGCCUUUACUUGUCUAGGCGCCUUGGCAAUUUCUAACAAAUUGGAUGUGCUUAGCCACGAGCAAUUAGAAGAAAUUGGGUGGUGGCUUUGUGAACGACAAUUACCAGAAGGCGGAUUGAAUGGUAGACCAAGCAAACUACCCGAUGUUUGCUAUAGUUGGUGGGUUUUAUCUUCUUUAGCUAUUAUUGGUAAACUGGAUUGGAUAAAUUAUGAGAAAUUAACCGAGUUUAUACUCAAAUGUCAAGAUGAGAAAAAGGGUGGAAUAAGCGAUAGGCCUGAAAAUGAAGUUGAUGUAUUUCAUACUGUUUUCGGUGUUGCUGGCCUAAGUUUAAUGGGAUACGAUAAUCUAGUUUCAAUAGAUCCUAUAUACUGUAUGCCGAGUACCGUUACGACCAAGUUUAAAAAGUAUCCAUAUAAAUAG